AUAACUCACCCUGAUGCCUUGAGCACUUCUUAUCUGAAAUUUUGGAGUCAGGACCUCGACCGAAUAUUAAUGCUCGAUCAUCAGCCAACUCCAUCCGAGCUCCAGAGACACUAACUAAAGAGCACUUCAUCUUCGAUUACAGGUAGGAACUGCAAUUCCCAGUCAUAACUGACUAACAAAAGAUAAGUACAGCAUCAUGGCACGUGAAAAUGACUACUACACUAUCAUGUCUGGUCUUGGGGAGAUUGACAUUCAAGGGCAAUCAGUGCCCAGUGAUCUUGUGCUAAUCGGUGACCAUGCAUUUCCACUCGCCAUGAAUCCAAGAGGUCAAGUCAUGAUGGCCGCAUCACGUUACGGUCAGGGACGUGUGGUGGUGUUGGGACAUGAGACCUACUUGACCCGUUUCCCUGGUUUGAUAGAGAACGCCCUGAUGUGGCUCAUGCCAUGUACCGGUGAUGCCGGCAUCGUAGGGAUUCAAAAGAAUUUGGUUCCAGUAGCUGACAACCUGUGCUUCUCGCCUGUCAGUGCUGAGCUUUCCGAUUUUCGGGAGGGAUUGGCUAUAUACGUCACAGAUGCUUAUAGCGUUGAUGCUUGUGCAAAAGAUUUGAUCGCUUUUGUCAAAGCCGGGGGUGGUUUGAUUAUCGCUGGCCAAGCGUGGAGUUGGGCCGAGGCCCAUCCGCAAGGAAACGUUUUUCUGAAUUUCCCUGGAAACAAGGUGUGCAGCGUGUCAGGAAUUUACUUUUCGGAACAUAGAGUGGAACUUGGCGUAUUUCCAGUGCCUCCGAAUAUCCCCUCUAGUUGGCUCGCCGUAUCAAUACGCAAGGAUUUUAAGGAUGACCUAGCAUUCCUGCUCAAAGGCGUGCCUGAGUUUGACAUCCAAGGUGGAAGUGUAGCAUCGGAGUUGAUGGUGCACGGACCCCUAGCAUUUCCUAUUGCAGUCACCCCAUGUGGAAAACCAUUCAUUGCUGGCGCCUACUAUGGACAAGGCCGGGUAAUCGUGAUGACCCAUGAAGGCUUCCUGGGCCGCGAAUCUCUGUCCACUUUCCUGAUUAAUGCCAUCCACUGGCUCGACGAGGGGCGUAAAGGUGUCAUCGGGAUCCCAUCCAGUCUCGGAGGAGCCCACAAUGUCCUGAGCAAAUCUGGUCUAAAUUGCCAGUUUACUAACUUCAAAGAAGAUCUCAGCGUCUAUGUCUGCACCUCCUACAGUGAUGCCCAGUGUCAACAGAUCCAAGAUUUUGUAGCAGAAGGUAGCGGCCUCUUGAUCGGAGGUCAUGCCUGGCAUUGGGCGAGCACACAUCCCCGCCAGAAUGUGAUGACCGAAUACCCAGGAAAUCACAUUCUAAACCAGAUGGGUCUGUGUAUUCUGGGCAGCUAUGUGUCUGGGGGAUUAUACAAAGCCCCUGAAUUCGAGAAUUGCUCUAAAGAGGCGUACCACUUCCGUAACAUACUGCAUCAGUUUGGGGAGCAUGUUACCAAGGGGCACAAUCUUCCCCCUCAUGUAGAGGGUUACUUAAGGCAGCUUGGCAACGAUUGCUCCAGUUACCUUCAAAUGCGUGCACAUGACUGUGCCUCCUACAAUUCAGUGAUUACUCUUCUUACAGACAUGGUAAAAGAGGCUGGUGUCCCACAGGUGUGUAAUAACUGUCCUGUUCAAAGCCCCAGAGAUCACCUGAUGCUCAAGGUGGGGUCUGAAUUGUAUAAAGUGUCACCUGACCCUGAUGCCCUCCUGCCAUACGUCAUCAAGAAUAGACCUGACCUGCCCACUUUGUCUAAUGCAAGAAUUUGCAUCAACGUUGACACCGUCUACGAAGAGUGGAUAAGCACAGGCUUGUACCUUUCUCCUGGUCUCAGGACAUAUAUGGCAGUACCUCCAGAGCUCAUUGGAAAAAAUUGGCAGGUCCAGAUUGGUUGCCAGACAGAUAACCUCGGUGCUGCAGACGUUCUUAAACGGCCAUGUGUGGUCCAUGAGCGAUACCCCUUGGAUAAAGAAAUGGUCCAAGUGUGUAAUCUAUGGGGAGGGCUCAUUUACCUAGUUGCACCUCCCAAAAGCAAAGUGAAUGGGGUGGAAAUUGUAGUGCAGACUUCAAUACAGGCUCCAUACUUCAAGUCGGGAGAGACCAGUGUAGCUGACUGGGUUGGGGGGAUCCGUCAGGCACCUGCCCCCUGGGCUGAGCUUGAGUUUGAGAACAUCAUCAUUACAUUAGAGUCAAGUAUAAUACGCAAUCUGGAUCGGCCUGAUGAGGUGGCGGCACUUUGGGAUUCCAUAAUGAGAAGCGUAGCUGACCUGGCGGCAAAGCCUCAAAAGUUGCCCCGCAAGGAGCGUUAUGUUGCAGAUGUUCAGAUCUCUCACGGCUUCAUGCAUGCCGGGUAUCCCGUCAUGAUGCACUCUGGCUCCGCCUCAGGAUUAAUAAACACAGAGGUCGCCCGGAAAGGUUUGUGGGGAGCUAUUCAUGAGUUGGGUCAUAAUCAGCAGUGUGGAGUUUGGGAGUUUCCUCCACACACUACCGAGUGCACCUGCAACCUGUGGUCAGUGUACGUGCAUGAAGAGGUGCUGGGUGUGCAAAGGGCUAAUGCUCACCCAGCCAUGACCCCAGAAAAUCGCCAGGAACGCGCCAGAGGAUAUGCCAAAGGUGGCAGGGACUUAAAAAACUGGAGUAUGUGGGUAGCAUUGGAGACUUAUAUGCAGCUUCAAGAGAAAUUUGGCUGGGAUGCUUUCAAGAAAGUUUUUGCUGCUUAUCAAACCAUGUCUGGAGUUCCCAAAGACAACCCAGGCAAGAUGAACCUGUAUGCCGAGACCUUCUCCAAAGCGGUGAACAUGAACUUGUCCUCCUUCUUCAAAGCCUGGGGUUGGCCGAUCCAGCCCGGCACUGAAGAGAAGAUCGCUCAACUACCCGACUGGAGCGACCAUCCUAUGAAGCAGUAUGAAUAAGACCUCUAAAAGCCUUUCAGAAGAAAUUCUGAUGCGAUUGCGAUGUAAGAGGGGCUUGAUUUAUAUGAAUAUGGAAGGUCAAAUAAAUUGGUGGGUCAUGUAUUAAAUUGAUUCACAUCUAAUACUGAUGAAAUAUGAUGUUAAAUAUAAAAAAGAGGCAGGAGAUUGUCCUGUUUACUUUUUUAAUUCAUAUUUUCCAGAAACAUGUAAGGUUUAUAUUUAAUCAUGUCAGUAAUAACAUAACAUAUAUAAUAAACAUGAAUUUGUCUUAGUUUUGCGAUGCUACUCAAUAAAAUGACUUUCAAUUUAA